AAAACAAUUUUUUAUGAAAAAUAAACGCGGCGGUACUGUAUUUCAAUCAUAAUCUUUACUAUAUUUAACUUUUUCCAUAAAUUGCAUGCAACCCUAAAGUGGCAAGUACAAAAUCUCUCGUUAAAUUGCUGCCGUUGCCUUGGCUCUGUUCUACCGCCAAACGUUUGCUAGAACCAGCCGCUGCAUUCGACACUUCUCCGGGUAUCCAUGUCCACUUCCUGUUUUAGCGAGUACGUUCUUAUACAAAACCUGCACCCAAAACUCUAUCCCACGCGAAACAGACCCUCUUUAUCCAACCGAGCCUUAGGGAACGGCGUGGUAAAGCUAAAACCCCAAUUUAAGUACCAGUUUCUGUCGAAACCCGAACCCCUUCCCAUGCGAGGGGAUUCAGUGAAGCGAAAAGCGAUGAACGAAGUGGAUGGCAAAGAGGAGAAGAGUUGGAAGUCGGUGGAUGAUGAGCAGUUCGUACGGUGGUUCCGUGAGGCCUGGCCAUACCUCUGGGCGCACCGAGGGUGCACUUUUGUUGUCAUUAUUUCUGGGGAGAUUGUGUCUAGCCCCUUUUUGGACCCCAUUUUGAAGGCAAAUCUUUCCUCUGGAGACAAUUUUAGUGCUGUUUACCAUGAGCAAUUUGAUUUUAAUUUCGUUGAGGUUUUGACUCUCUUGUGGGCUUCGAAUGCAGGAUAUAGCAUUUCUACAUCAUCUGGGGAUCAAAUUUGUUAUAGUUCCAGGAAUCCAUAUGCAAAUUGACAAACUUUUAACUGAGAGACGACAUGAGCCUAAGUAUGUCGGCCGGUACAGAAUAACAGACAAUGAAUCUCUAAAGGCAGCAACAGAAGCUGCAGGUGGGAUUCGUUUGAUGAUGGAGGCAAAACUUUCUCCAGGUCCUUCAAUAUGCAAUGUCCGUCGCCAUGGUGAUAGUAGCCGCUGGCAUGAAGUUGGUGUCAGUGUAGCUAGUGGCAACUUUCUUGCAGCCAAGAGAAGAGGAGUUGUUGAGGGUGUUGAUUAUGGAGCAACGGGUGAGGUAAAAAAGGUAGAUGUUGUUCGCAUGCGUGAGAGGCUUGAUGCUGGUUGUAUAGUUAUAUUAAGCAACCUGGGUUAUUCUAGUUCUGGAGAAGUUCUAAAUUGCAAGUAUGUUUUAUAGCCUUUGAUGGGUGUUUUUGCUUCCUGGUUGAUAUUUAUCAUUUACUUUCUUCAGUUAAAUUUGUUCAUCUUACAAGUAUCUAGGGAUCCACAUUUUUUUCAUAAAUGUAUAUGCUAUUACAUAUCUGCAGCUUGGUUUUUUACCUCUCCAUCUCUCUCUCAAACUACACAUCCACACAUUUUCGCUGUUAGUUGGCCAUAUUGUUCCAACUUGCAAUGAAACUUCUACAUGAAA